AUGAAUCGUCAGUCAGUUUUACGGCUGGCUCGCCAGACCGGAGCUUUCCCGCUGGCCGAAUUGCCUCCUCCCUACCUCGCCCCGUCUCUCCAUUUCUCUAUGAACCGGUCGACCGUCCAGUGCUCGAACUUUUCUUCCACCGCCGCUGUUGCCGCUGGCCGUGGUGAUCUCAACAAAGUCCGCGGCGUGUCCGCUAUUCACCGCACUGGCCCCAAGUACAAAUUGGGUGUGUCCAAGUACCCAUUGCCUAAGCCGGUUUCCCCAGACGCUCUCCCGAAGCGAAAUGCCACACCAGACCAUGGACUCUGGGGUUUCUUCCCCACGGACCGGACCGCUUUGAGUACGCCGACAUACGACAUUGAAUGCGGCCGCUCGUGGUCUAUUCAGGAACUUCGUGAGAAGUCAUGGGACGAUCUCCAUUCCCUGUGGUGGGUCUGCGUCAAGGAGCGCAAUCGCAUAGCUACGAGCGAUAUGGAAAGGAAGAGAUUGAAGGCUGGUUAUGGAGAGUGGGAAUCCUCUGAGCGGGAUCGUGUGAUCCGCGUCACGCAAAACGGCAUCAAGCACGUUCUUCGGGAAAGAUGGUACGCCUGGGAGGAGGCACAGCGUCUCUACAGAAAGGGCUACCGGCCUCAGGAGGAUAGCCAGGAAGCCAUAUGGGAGAUGAGAGCAGAUAGUGUGUCCAAUAGUCAGGGAGCUGGCCAGCUAUUAGUUGUGUCGAAAGCGGAAGACAUGAUCGAUCCACUGCGGCACGACCGAUGGGAAAAGGGGCAGGAGGAGAACUCAGGAGGCGAAACUGAAGAUGGGAAUGCUCCAUCAAAUUAA